AUGGCUGCAUCUCCACAGAUAACGGCAGACACAGCGGCCGGCGCCGCUGCGGUCGACUUCAUGGCCCUCAACAAGAAGUACACCGAGGAGAAGGAGAAACGCCAGCGGUCUGACGGCAACGCGCAGUACAUCGAAAUGGAAACGGACGUGCAGUUCAGCAAAUUGGCACAAGAUCCAUGGGUCGACCACGAGGAGCUCAACGCCCAGUCACCGAGCCUCAAAGACGGCGACGAAGUCAAGUUCAUUGUCCUUGGCGCAGGCUACGGGGGCUUGCUGUUCGCCAUUCGAUUCAUCCAGGCCGGCUUCAAGCCCGAAGACAUUCGCCUUAUCGAUGCUGCAGGCGGAUUUGGUGGCACAUGGUACUGGAACCGUUAUCCCGGUCUCAUGUGCGAUGUAGAAUCCUAUACCUACAUGCCGCUCCUCGAGGAGACCGGCUAUAUUCCGAAGCAUCGAUACUCAUAUGGAAACGAGUUGCGAGCGCAUGCGAACCGGAUGGCAAAGACAUGGGACCUGACAGAUAAGGCUUUGUUCCGCUCACAGAUCAAGAGCUACGAGUGGGACGAGGACUCCAAGCGAUGGAUCGUAGUCAUCGAGCAGGUCCGCGGCCCGAAUGAGUCGCCAAUCAUGAUGACGGUUCGAUCCCAGUUUGUUGUUCUCGCCAACGGUGUUUUAAACCACCCCAAAGCGGCCAAGAACCUCGAAGCCUUUGAGGGUGACAUGUUCCAUACUGCACGGUGGAACUACAACGUCACUGGUGGAAACACGGAGGACCUCGAAAACGUUCAGCUCACUGGCCUGGAGGGAAAGCGGGUUGGCAUCAUCGGCACUGGUGCGACUGCCAUCCAGCUUGUUCCACAGCUCGCCAAGUGGGCAAAAGAGCUCUACGUCUUCCAAAGAACGCCGUCAUCUGUAGACGAGAGAGGUCAGAGGCACACUGAUCCAGAAGAGUGGAAGAAGAUUGCCGACGGUCCUGGCUGGCAGAAGCGUCGCCUUGAGAACUUCAAUAUUUUCGUUUCUGGCGGCGAGGCAGAAGAGAACUUGGUAGAUGAUGGCUGGACGAAGCUGAAGACCUAUAAAGGCCUUGUCGGCGCACCACAUGAGAAGCCUCUUGGAUUAGAAGACAUUCCCGGUCAUAUCGGGGGUCUUCUAGCCUUAGAUGCACCAAGGUCAGAAAGAGUCCGACGCCGCGUUGAGAAGAUUGUGAAGGACAAGGCAGUCGCCGAAGCUCUGAAGCCGUGGUACCCAGCAUGGUGCAAGCGACCGACCUUCCAUGACGAUUACCUUCCUGCGUUCAAUCUACCAAAUGUCCACCUUGUUGAUACAAACGGCAAGGGAGUUGAUCACGCUACCAAGAAUUCGCUUGUUGUCGAUGGCACAGACUACCCGCUCGACGUCAUCGUCCUGAGCACAGGAUACAGGCCGCCUGCAGCAGACAUGGCUGAGCCAUCGAGUAGAUCCAACAUGACUAUCAAGGGCCGGAAUGGCGAACUCUUGUCGGAGAAGUGGUCGAACAAGGGUCCGUCCACCCUUCACGGCGUCCUCACCAAUGGGUUUCCAAACUUGUUCCUGACCGGCCCCUUGCAGAUCGGCACCACGGCAAAUUUUGCCUAUGCCCAGGACGUUCUCUCUCAACACUGCGCAUACAUACUUGUCGAAGCUAUGAAGCGCGCGGGGAAAAGCACCAGCGAGGUGGUCAUCGAGAGCACAUUGGAGGGCGAAGAGGCAUACGUCGGCUUGAUUAUGCAGCAUGCGGCGUGGUUCUCCAGCUUGUCUAUCUGCACACCAAGCUAUAUGAAUAACGAGGGCGAAAAAGCCCCAUCUGAGGCGCAAAUGAAGUUGGCUAGAGGAGCACCAUUUCCUCAUGAAAUGAAUACCUAUGUGAGAUUUCUCGAAGAUUGGCGAGCCAAUGGCAUGAUGAACGGUGUCGAGGUUACAUCAUAG